CGCGGCUGCCGGGGCUGGGGGGGAGGGAGAGGGGUUGAGUCAAGAUGGCGGCCAAGGUGGGGAAGCAGCAACAGCGGCGGCGGUGGCGGCUGGAGUGAGCGCCCGGCUCGCAGCGCCGAGCGAGGUACCGGCGUAGGGCCGCGCGCUGGGGCUGCGUCCCACUUCUCAGGCCGGGGCGCACGUCGGCUCCCACGCUCCGCCAGCUCCCAGUGGUUUCCUAGAAACAUGAUUGUUUGUUGGCGUUGAUCUCACAGUCUGGUGAGGACUUCUUUACUGAUAAUGUCAAGUUCAGGUUAUCCUCCCAACCAAGGAGCAUUCAGCACAGAACAAAGUCGUUAUCCUCCCCACUCUGUCCAGUAUACCUUUCCCAGCACCCGCCACCAGCAGGAGUUCGCAGUCCCUGAUUAUCGUUCCUCUCAUAUUGAAGUCAGUCAGGCAUCACAGCUCUUGCAGCAACAGCAGCAGCAGCAGCUUCGAAGACGACCUUCCUUGCUUUCAGAAUUUCACCCAGGUUCUGACAGGCCUCAAGAAAGGAGAACUGGUUAUGAACAGUUUCAUCCAGGCCCAUCCCCAGUGGAUCAUGAUUCGCUGGAAUCGAAGCGACCACGUCUGGAACAGGUUUCUGAUUCCCAUUUUCAGCGUGUCAGUGCUGCGGUUUUGCCUUUAGUGCACCCACUGCCAGAAGGGCUGAGGUCUUCUGCAGAUGCUAAGAAGGAUCCAGCAUUCGGAGGCAAACAUGACGCUCCAUCCUCUCCAAUUUCGGGGCAACCAUGUGGAGAUGAUCAAAAUGCUUCACCUUCAAAACUUUCAAAGGAAGAGUUAAUACAGAGUAUGGAUCGUGUAGAUCGAGAAAUUGCAAAAGUAGAACAGCAGAUCCUUAAACUGAAAAAGAAACAACAACAACUUGAAGAAGAGGCAGCUAAACCUCCCGAGCCUGAGAAGCCCGUGUCCCCUCCUCCUGUGGAGCAGAAACAUCGCAGUAUUGUCCAAAUUAUUUAUGAUGAGAAUCGGAAAAAAGCAGAAGAAGCUCAUAAAAUAUUUGAAGGUCUUGGCCCAAAAGUUGAACUGCCACUCUAUAACCAGCCAUCAGAUACCAAGGUGUACCAUGAGAACAUAAAGACAAACCAGGUGAUGAGGAAAAAACUCAUUUUAUUUUUUAAAAGAAGAAAUCAUGCAAGAAAACAAAGGGAGCAAAAAAUCUGCCAGCGUUAUGAUCAGCUCAUGGAGGCAUGGGAGAAAAAAGUGGACAGAAUAGAAAAUAAUCCUCGGAGGAAAGCUAAAGAAAGCAAAACAAGGGAAUACUAUGAAAAGCAGUUUCCAGAAAUUCGAAAACAAAGAGAACAGCAAGAAAGAUUUCAGCGAGUUGGACAGAGGGGAGCUGGUCUUUCAGCCACCAUUGCUAGGAGUGAGCAUGAGAUUUCUGAAAUUAUUGAUGGGCUCUCUGAGCAGGAGAAUAAUGAGAAACAAAUGCGGCAGCUCUCUGUGAUUCCACCUAUGAUGUUUGAUGCAGAACAAAGACGAGUCAAGUUCAUUAAUAUGAAUGGGCUUAUGGAGGACCCUAUGAAGGUUUAUAAAGACAGGCAGUUUAUGAAUGUUUGGACUGACCAUGAAAAGGAGAUCUUUAAGGACAAGUUUAUCCAGCAUCCAAAAAACUUUGGACUAAUUGCAUCCUAUUUGGAGAGGAAGAGUGUUCCUGAUUGUGUUUUAUAUUAUUAUUUAACAAAGAAAAAUGAGAAUUAUAAAGCUCUAGUCAGAAGAAAUUAUGGGAAACGCAGAGGCAGAAACCAGCAAAUUGCCCGACCCUCACAAGAAGAAAAAGUAGAAGAAAAAGAAGAGGAUAAAGCAGAAAAAACAGAAAAAAAAGAAGAAGAAAAGAAAGAUGAAGAAGAAAAAGAUGAAAAAGAAGACCCUAAAGAAAAUACCAAGGAAAAGGACAAGAUGGAUGGUACAGCAGAAGAAACUGAGGAAAGAGAGCAAGCCACACCCCGGGGGCGAAAGACUGCCAACAGUCAGGGCCGCCGUAAGGGCCGAAUCACCAGGUCCAUGACAAACGAAGCUGCAGCUGCUAGCGCUGCAGCCGCAGCGGCCACUGAAGAGCCCCCACCACCUCUGCCACCGCCACCAGAACCCAUUUCUACAGAGCCUGUGGAGACCUCUCGAUGGACAGAAGAAGAAAUGGAAGUUGCAAAAAAAGGUCUAGUAGAACAUGGUCGUAACUGGGCAGCAAUUGCUAAAAUGGUGGGAACGAAAAGUGAAGCUCAAUGUAAAAACUUCUAUUUUAACUAUAAAAGGCGGCACAAUCUUGACAACCUCUUACAGCAGCAUAAACAGAAAGCUUCACGAAAACCUCGUGAAGAGCGAGAUGUGUCUCAGUGUGAAAGUGUUGCUUCCACUGUUUCUGCUCAAGAGGAUGAAGAUAUUGAAGCCUCCAACGAAGAAGAAAAUCCAGAAGACAGCGAAGUUGAAGCUGUGAAGCCCAGUGAGGACAGUCCUGAAAAUGCUACUUCUCGAGGAAACACAGAACCUGCGGCUGAGCUUGAGCCCACUACGGAAACUGCACCCAGUACAUCUCCCUCCUCAGCAGUUCCAAGUACAAAACCAGCUGAAGACGAAAGUGUGGAGACCCAGGUGAAUGACAGCGUCAGUGCUGAGGCAGCAGAGCAGGUGGACGUAAAUCAGCAGGAGCACAGUGCCGAAGGGGGUUCUGUUCCUGAUCCCCCACCCGCUACCAAAGCCGAUUCUGUGGAUGUUGAAAUCAGGGUGCCAGAAAACCAUGCAUCUAAAGUUGAAGGUGAUAAUACCAAAGAAAGAGACUUGGAUAGAGCCAGUGAGAAGGUGGAACCUAGAGAGGAAGAUUUGGUGGUAGCUCAGCAAAUAAAUGCCCAAAGGCCCGAGCCCCAGUCGGACAAUGAUUCCAGUGCCACGUGCAGUGCUGAUGAGGAUGUGGAUGGAGAGCCAGAGAGGCAGAGAAUGUUUCCUAUGGAAUCAAAGCCUUCACUGUUAAAUCCCACUGGAUCUAUACUAGUCUCAUCCCCGUUAAAACCAAAUCCACUGGACCUGCCACAGCUUCAGCAUCGAGCUGCUGUUAUCCCACCAAUGGUAUCCUGCACCCCGUGUAACAUACCAAUUGGAACCCCAGUGAGUGGCUAUGCUCUCUACCAGCGACACAUUAAAGCAAUGCAUGAGUCAGCACUCCUGGAGGAGCAGCGGCAGAGGCAAGAACAGAUAGAUUUGGAAUGCAGAAGUUCUACGAGUCCAUGUGGCACAUCCAAGAGUCCAAACAGAGAGUGGGAAGUCCUUCAGCCUGCUCCACAUCAAGUGAUAACUAAUCUCCCUGAAGGUGUUCGGCUUCCGACAACUCGACCAACCAGGCCGCCGCCCCCUCUCAUCCCAUCAUCCAAAACGACAGUGGCUUCAGAAAAACCAUCAUUUAUAAUGGGAGGCUCCAUCUCACAGGGAACACCGGGCACUUAUUUGACUUCUCAUAAUCAGGCUUCCUAUACUCAAGAAACACCUAAACCCUCAGUGGGAUCUAUCUCUCUUGGACUGCCACGGCAACAGGAAUCUGCUAAAUCAGCUACUUUGCCCUACAUCAAGCAGGAGGAAUUUUCUCCCCGAAGCCAAAACUCACAACCUGAGGGUCUGUUGGUCAGGGCCCAACAUGAAGGUGUAGUCAGAGGUACCACAGGAACCAUACAAGAAGGAAGUAUAACUCGGGGAACUCCAACCAGCAAAAUUUCAGUGGAGAGCAUUCCCUCCCUACGGGGCUCUAUCACUCAGGGUACCCCGGCUCUGCCCCAGCCUGGCAUACCAACGGAGACUUUGGUGAAGGGGUCCAUUUCUAGAAUGCCCAUUGAAGACAGCAGUCCUGAAAAAGGCAGAGAGGAAGCUGCAUCCAAAGGCCAUGUUAUUUAUGAAGGCAAAAGUGGACAUAUCUUGUCAUAUGAUAAUAUUAAGAAUGCCCGAGAAGGGACUAGGAGUCCAAGAACAGCUCAUGAAAUUAAUUUAAAGAGAAGCUAUGAAUCAGUGGAAGGCAAUAUAAAGCAAGGGAUGUCAAUGAGGGAGUCUCCAGUAUCAGCACCAUUAGAGGGGCUGAUAUGCCGAGCAUUACCCAGGGGGAGUCCUCAUUCUGACCUCAAAGAAAGGACUGUAUUGUCUGGCUCCAUAAUGCAGGGCACACCAAGAGCAACAACUGAAAGCUUUGAAGAUGGCCUUAAAUAUCCCAAACAAAUUAAAAGGGAAAGUCCUCCCAUACGAGCAUUUGAAGGUGCCAUUACCAAAGGAAAACCAUAUGAUGGCAUCACCACCAUCAAAGAAAUGGGGCGUUCCAUUCAUGAGAUUCCAAGGCAAGAUAUUUUAACUCAGGAAAGUCGGAAAACUCCAGAAGUGGUCCAGAGCACAAGGCCGAUAAUUGAGGGUUCCAUUUCCCAGGGCACACCAAUAAAGUUUGACAGCAACUCAGGUCAAUCUGCCAUCAAACACAAUGUCAAAUCCUUAAUCACGGGGCCUAGCAAACUAUCCCGUGGAAUGCCUCCGCUGGAAAUUGUGCCAGAGAACAUAAAAGUGGUAGAACGGGGAAAAUAUGAAGAUGUGAAAGCAGGCGAGCCCGUGCGUUCCCGACACACAUCAGUGGUAAGCUCUGGCCCCUCCGUUCUUAGGUCCACACUACAUGAAGCUCCCAAAGCACAACUGAGCCCUGGGAUUUACGAUGACACCAGUGCACGGAGGACCCCUGUGAGUUAUCAAAACACCAUGUCCAGAGGCUCACCCAUGAUGAACAGAACUUCUGAUGUUACAGUUUCUUCCAACAAGUCUACAAAUCAUGAAAGGAAAUCGACACUGACCCCUACCCAAAGGGAAAGUAUACCAGCGAAGUCUCCAGUGCCUGGGGUGGAUCCUGUCGUGAGCCACAGUCCGUUUGAUCCCCAUCACAGAGGCAGCGCUGCAGGAGAGGUUUAUCGGAGCCACCUGCCCACGCACUUAGAUCCAGCCAUGCCUUUCCACAGGGCUUUGGAUCCUGCAGCGGCUGCUUACCUGUUUCAGAGACAGCUUUCACCAACUCCAGGUUACCCAAGUCAGUAUCAGCUUUACGCAAUGGAGAACACAAGACAGACAAUCUUAAAUGAUUACAUUACCUCACAGCAGAUGCAAGUGAACUUGCGUCCAGAUGUGGCCAGAGGACUAUCCCCAAGAGAGCAGCCACUGGGUCUCCCAUACCCAGCAACGAGAGGAAUCAUUGACCUGACCAAUAUGCCUCCAGCAAUUUUAGUGCCUCAUCCAGGGGGAACAAGUACUCCUCCCAUGGACAGAAUCACUUAUAUUCCUGGUACACAGAUUACUUUCCCUCCCAGGCCGUACAAUUCUGCUUCCAUGUCUCCAGGACACCCAACACACCUUGCAGCUGCUGCAAGCGCUGAGAGGGAACGGGAGCGGGAGAAGGAGCGUGAGCGGGAGCGGAUUGCUGCGGCUUCCUCCGAUCUCUACCUGCGGCCAGGCUCAGAACAGCCUGGCCGACCUGGCAGUCAUGGAUAUGUUCGCUCCCCUUCCCCUUCAGUAAGAACUCAGGAGACCAUGUUGCAACAGAGACCCAGUGUUUUCCAAGGAACCAAUGGAACCAGUGUAAUCACACCUUUGGAUCCAACUGCUCAGCUACGAAUCAUGCCACUGCCUGCUGCGGGCCCUUCAAUAAGCCAAGGUCUGCCAGCCUCCCGUUACAACACUGCUGCGGAUGCCCUGGCCGCUCUUGUGGAUGCUGCAGCUUCUGCACCCCAGAUGGAUGUGUCCAAAACAAAAGAGAGUAAGCAUGAAGCUGCCAGGUUAGAAGAAAAUUUGAGAAGCAGGUCAGCAGCAGUUAGUGAACAGCAGCUAGAGCAGAAAGCCCUGGAGGUGGAGAAGAGAUCUGUUCAGUGUUUAUACACUUCUUCAGCUUUUCCAAGUGGCAAGCCCCAGCCUCAUUCUUCAGUAGUUUAUUCUGAGGCUGGGAAAGAUAAAGGGCCUCCUCCAAAAUCCAGAUAUGAGGAAGAGCUAAGGACCCGAGGGAAGACUACCAUUACUGCAGCUAACUUCAUAGACGUGAUCAUCACCCGGCAAAUUGCCUCGGACAAAGAUGCGAGGGAACGUGGCUCCCAAAGUUCAGACUCUUCUAGUAGCUUAUCUUCUCACAGGUAUGAAACACCCAGUGAUGCUAUUGAGGUGAUAAGUCCUGCCAGCUCACCUGCACCCCCCCAGGAAAAGCUGCAGACCUAUCAGCCAGAGGUCGUUAAGGCAAAUCCAGCUGAAAAUGAUCCUACCAGGCAGUAUGAAGGACCAUUACCUCACUAUCGACCGCAGCAGGAAUCACCAUCUCCCCAGCAACAGUUGCCCCCUUCUUCACAGGCAGAGGGAAUGGGGCAAGUGCCUAGGACCCAUCGGCUGAUCACACUUGCUGAUCACAUCUGUCAAAUUAUCACACAAGAUUUUGCUAGAAAUCAAGUUUCCUCGCAGACUCCCCAGCAGCCUCCUAAUUCUACAUUCCAGAACUCACCGUCCUCUUUGGUGUCUACACCUGUGAGGACUAAAACGUCAAACCGUUACAGCCCAGAAUCCCAGGUUCAGUCUGUCCAUCAUCAAAGACCAGGUUCAAGAGUCUCUCCAGAAAAUCUUGUGGACAAAUCCAGGGGAAGCAGGCCUGGAAAAUCCCCAGAGAGGAGUCACGUCUCUUCGGAGCCCUACGAGCCCAUCUCCCCACCCCAGGUUCCAGUUGUACAUGAGAAACAGGACAGCUUGCUGCUCUUGUCUCAGAGGGGCUCAGAGCCUGCAGAGCAGAGGAAUGAUUCCCGCUCACCAGGGAGUAUAAGCUACUUGCCUUCAUUCUUUACCAAGCUUGAAAACACAUCACCCAUGGUUAAAUCAAAGAAGCAGGAGAUUUUUCGUAAGUUGAACUCCUCUGGUGGAGGUGACUCUGAUAUGGCAGCUGCUCAGCCAGGAACUGAGAUCUUUAAUCUGCCAGCAGUUACUACAUCAGGCUCAGUUAGCUCUAGAGGCCAUUCUUUUGCCGAUCCUGCCAGUAAUCUCGGGCUAGAAGACAUUAUCAGGAAGGCUCUUAUGGGAAGCUUUGAUGAUAAAGUUGAGGAUCAUGGAGUUGUCAUGUCCCAGCCUAUGGGAGUAGUGUCUGGUACUGCCAACACCUCAGUUGUGACCAGUGGUGAGACACGGAGAGAGGAAGGGGACCCAUCACCUCAUUCAGGAGGAGUUUGCAAACCAAAGCUGAUCAGCAAGUCAAACAGCAGGAAAUCUAAAUCUCCUAUCCCUGGGCAAGGCUACUUAGGAACCGAACGGCCGUCUUCAGUCUCCUCUGUACAUUCAGAAGGGGAUUACCAUAGGCAGACGCCAGGGUGGGCCUGGGAAGACAGACCCUCUUCAACAGGCUCAACUCAGUUUCCCUAUAACCCUCUGACUAUGCGGAUGCUAAGCAGUACGCCACCAACACCGAUUGCAUGUGCUCCGUCUGCUGUGAACCAAGCAGCUCCUCACCAACAGAACAGGAUCUGGGAGCGAGAGCCUGCCCCGCUCCUCUCAGCACAGUAUGAGACCCUGUCGGAUAGUGAUGACUGAACUGCACGAAGUGAGACAAACAGGGUGCAGGAAAAGGAUCUCCAGUUUUUGAUGGUUUAAUUUUUAGUAGCAGGUCAAAACCCUGCCCUCCUGUGACAUGCCCUGAGACUUUUCAGGACAGCCAGCCCACAGAUGAUGAAGAAAUGAUGGAAAUUUAUUUGGAGAGUCAACAAAAAACAAAAAACUGCCUUUGAAUACAGGCAAUUCAGUAGACUAUAAUAGUGGAGGGUUGAAAUGUAGAGUUUUUAAAAAGUGGACAGUUCCUGUUCUUACAUCUGUUUGUAAAGAAAACCAUAAUGUCUUUAAAAAAUCACUCUUCUGUAAAUAGAUUAUCUUUUUGCAGUGUAUAUCCCCUUGCUGUAGUAUCUGGUGUACUUAUGUUCAAAUCAGCGCAUCAACUUUGGGGGUGAUUUUUAAAAAUCUUUUUGUCUAUCUUUUUAACCCUAGCCUUCUCAACAACCUCAUACAGCCCAGUUACAUAAUGUUGGCUGUCACGGGCAUUGUACUUUUAUCUGAUUUUGUUUCCUCUAAAUUCAGCUUUCCAGUGAUGUUUAAAAUCUUGUGGAAAUGUUUAGAUUUUUAACACAGACCCUGUCAUAAAAUCUGUACAUUAGAGUCAAAAGGUAGAAGUAACAAAUUCUGCCAUAUUGUAAAUUUCCAGUGCAGGCUUUAAUUUUUUUUUCCCCAUUAGUAGCACUGAAAAAAUAUUACUGCAUGGGUAUGUUCUAGUUCAGUUUAUAAAGUUUUAAAAGCUUAUUUGAGGCAUACCUCACUGUUAUGCACACUGGUAAUUUAACCACGCCCCUAAGUAUUCCUUUUCUCCUGCAUUUGAUGCAGCCCAACAAAGCUUUUGUUUUGAAAUAAAUUUGACUACCCUGUCCAUAGCUAUAGUAGAUUAUUUGUGGUUUAAGGCUCCUGGUGUCUCAGGUUCCAAAGAAAACGCUUACGUAUUUUUCCCUUAGUUUGCUAUGAUUGGUCAAGUUAAAAGAUAAUGAUCUAUGUAGUACUUAGAUGUGCUUUGUGCUGCAUCCUGAGAAACUCACGGUGAACACAGCCCUUUUCCACAUUGCUCCGGAUCGGCACUUACUCUCACUUUGCUUCCUUGGGACAAGAGUUUACUGCUAAAUGUUUCAUUUCACAGAUUCUCAAGGUGCAAAUAAUUUAAAAGAUGGAAUUCUAAACUAAUUAUGGUACUAGAGGGCCAGUUUUAAGAAUUGCUUGCGGAAUUUUAAAGUUUCUUUCAUACAAUUUAUCAUAGCAUUUACAUACCUUUCCAUAACAUACAGAUACUAACAGUUUUGGGAGAAUGCCACUGGCAACUGGAAAGGGGAGAAAUAAAUCUCUCAGGAUAAAAAUUAGCACUUUACAGACUUUAAAGGAGACCUAAACUUUUAAACAGAAAUACUCAAGGCUUUUAAGGGAGCAGCUCUAUGAUUAGCUACUGCCCAAGACCCUCCUAUCACUAGUGUCUAAUCCCUAUGUUGGGAUGAAGACACAGGUUUAGUACUUUGCCCAUGUAGUUAAAUUAGUGACAGAGAUAGGCCAUAAGCCCACAUAUCUUCAGUGAAAUCUUUCAUUUCUGUCCCUGUUCCACUCCCGUAUACCUGAGGUCUCCAACAUAAACUUUAGAUCAGGCUUAGUGCUCAGCAUUCCCCUUACUUGGAAAGUUAGUAUUUUUACAAUAGAUAUAUGUAAAAACACAUAAAAAGUUCAAUAUGAA